AUGAGCUCCCCGGGAGCCGAGGGCGCGGGCAAGACCCUGCAGUACCGCGUGGACCACCUGCUGAGCGCCGUGGAGAGCGAGCUGCGCGUCGGCAGCGAGAAGGGGGACCCCACGGAGCGCGAGCUGCGCGUGGGCCUGGAGGACGGCGAGCUGUGGCUGCGCUUCAAGGAGCUCACCAACGAGAUGAUCGUCACCAAGAACGGCAGGAGGAUGUUCCCGGUGCUGAAGGUGACCGUGUCGGGGCUGGACCCCAACGCCAUGUACUCCUUUCUGCUGGACUUCGUGGCCGCCGACAGCCACCGCUGGAAGUACGUGAACGGGGAGUGGGUGCCAGGGGGCAAGCCCGAGCCGCAGGCGCCCAGCUGCGUCUACAUACACCCUGACUCCCCCAACUUCGGGGCGCACUGGAUGAAGGCGCCCGUCUCCUUCAGCAAAGUCAAACUCACCAACAAGCUCAACGGAGGGGGCCAGAUCAUGCUGAAUUCCCUGCACAAAUAUGAGCCCCGGAUUCACAUAGUGAGAGUCGGGGGGCCUCAGCGCAUGAUCAGCAGCCACUGCUUCCCAGAGACCCAGUUCAUAGCAGUGACGGCUUAUCAGAACGAGGAGAUCACAGCUCUGAAGAUCAAGUACAACCCAUUUGCUAAGGCCUUCCUGGAUGCCAAGGAAAGAAGUGACCACAAGGAGUUGAUGGAGGACACAGGGGACCAGCAGGCCGGCUACUCCCAAUCAGGGCCAUGGCUUCUCCCCGGGACCAGCAGCCUCUGCCCGCCAGCCACCCCCCAUCCUCAGUUUGGGGGCACCCUCCCCCUGCCCCCUGCACACAGCUGUGAGCGGUACCCGGCGCUGAGGACACACCGCCCGGCCCCCUACCCCAGCCCCUAUGCUGCCCACCGCAACAACUCGCCAACCUAUCCGGACAACUCUGGGUGUCUGUCCAUGCUCCCGGCCCACGAUGGCUGGCCAGGCCUGGGACUGCCCCCGCCCCCCAGCGUGAUCCCCAUGGGUGCUGCCAGCUCUGCCCCCAAUGGCUCCAGCCAGUGUCCCAGCCUGUGGUCACUGAGCAGUGGCGCCGUCACCCCAGGAACACAGCCGGCAGGGAUACCCAAUGGUCUAGCUGCCCCGUUCUUCAGAGGCACCUCGGCCCCCACAGCACCCCUCAGCCACCCUGUUCCCGCUACUGUGUCUUCGGGGUCUCCUUUGUAUGAGGGGGCUGCCUCGACCACAGAUACCACCGACAGCCAGUGCGACACUGCGACCCAGGCCCGCUUCCUGGCUUCCUGGAUGCCCGUGUCACCACCAUCCAUGUGA